ACAGCGACCCUACAGGCGUCCUUUCUUAGGAGUGCACGAAUCAACUGCGGGUUUUUCGUGAUUGCCUCAUUAUACGAUCUUGCUUUCGAUAUUAGCUACUUGAGUAUCGUCGAUAAACCACAGAUUACCGUACAAGAAUGCUCCGCUAUACGAAACUUCGUUUAUAACCCCAUUGCCACUCAGGCUUUCGUCGACGCCCUUGAGCGAUUUCUCAUGGCCUUCUUCAAUUAUGACAUGUCCUUAUUUAGCGUUUUCGUUCUGUACAGCCUAUUUCCACUGUUUUGUAUAGCAAUGGCCGUGUACAACACAUUCAUUACAACGUCACUACUGAAGACUGAUGACAUUUGCGCUACAGUGCGACGUACAAGCUGGACCAAUAUAAUCCUCAUCGUCAUCCAGUGGUGA